UUGGAGCAGGGAUCUUCUGCGCAUCAAUGGAGGAAAGAACGUCAUCUGUUUCAUACAUUUAGCUGACAAAAUCAGAUCACUUCUUCUAUAAUAGCUAGCAAGAUUUUUUUAAAUCAUAGUGCUGUCUCUUUGGUGACAAACAUGCAUAAAAAAGACCACAGUCAGUGCCAAGAAAUGUUGAAAGGGGAAUUCGUGUAAAGCGCUAGCUAUCUUGGUUAUAUAGCUAGCUUGAAUUCUGGUCAGCUAAGUAACGUUAGCUAGCUAGUUCAAGAAAACGAAUUAAAACCAAAAAUUGAUAGACAAGUAAAGAAAUCUUCCAUUGCAACCAGAAGAGUAAAUUUCUCCGAAAACGUGGUGGCCGAAGCCAUGGGGGCGUUCCUGGACAAGCCCAAGACUGAGAAGCACAAUGCCCACGGCGAGGGCAAUGGUCUCCGUUAUGGCCUGAGCAGCAUGCAGGGCUGGCGGGUGGAGAUGGAGGACGCCCACACUGCCACGGUGGGUCUACCCCAGGGCCUGCAUGACUGGUCCUUCUUCGCUGUCUACGACGGCCACGCCGGCUCCCGCGUGGCUAACUACGCCUCUAAACACCUGCUGGGGCACAUCAUCACCCACAGCAUGGGUCCCCCGGGCCCUGAGGGUGUCACCCCAGCCCCCGCUGUGGAGACGGUCAAGACGGGAAUCCGCACCGGCUUCCUGAAGAUCGACGAGCACAUGAGGAACUUCUCUGACCUGCGUAAUGGCAUGGACCGCAGUGGCUCGACGGCCGUGGCCGUGCUGCUCUCGCCAGAGCACCUCUACUUCAUCAACUGUGGUGACUCACGGGCCGUGCUCUACCGCAACACACACGUCUGCUUCUCCACGCUGGACCACAAGCCCUGCAACCCACGGGAGAAGGAGAGGAUCCAGAACGCAGGUGGCUCGGUAAUGAUUCAGAGGGUGAAUGGUUCCCUGGCCGUGUCCCGGGCCCUGGGAGACUACGACUACAAGUGUGUGGAUGGGAAGGGCGCCACGGAGCAGCUGGUGUCCCCAGAACCCGAGGUGUUUGAGAUCGAGAGGUCCCCGGAGGAUGAGUUUGUGGUGCUGGCCUGCGACGGUAUCUGGGACGUGAUGAGCAACGAGGAGCUGUGCGAGUUUGUCAAGUCCCGUCUGGAGGUGUCUCAGGACCUGGAGAAGGUCUGCAACCAGGUGCUGGACACCUGCCUGCACAAGGGAAGUCGGGAUAACAUGAGUGUUGUGUUGGUGUGUUUGCCAAACUGCCCUAAAGUGUCAGAGGAGGCGGUGAAGAAAGAUACAGAGCUGGAUAUGUUCCUGGAGUCUCGUGUGGAAGAGAUCAUAGAGAAGGCGGGAGAGGAUGGUAUUCCAGACCUGGUGACGGUCAUGAGAAACCUGUCCUCAGAGAGCAUCCCCAACCUGCCACCAGGGGGAGGCCUCGCCAGCAAACACAGUGUUAUGGAAGCAGUGUACAACCGGCUGAACCCACACAGGGAAGUGGAUGGGCCCUCCUGUAUCAUUUGGCUGCCUCCUUGGGGGAUGUGGCAGAGGUGAUUGUCGAGCACUUCAGGAGAGGUGCAUAUCUCUGAGAUCUAGGGAGCGAUCUCACUUGUUUCCUUGGAGUGGAGAGGAGUUGGUUUUGUUGUGCAGGCGGCCAUUUUGGAUUGGUGUGACAAAAACAAGCCAGGACUGUUUCUAAUGAGGAGUCUGUCAUUAGGUAUUAUGGAUGUAGUAGUCAUGAUGUUUCUCACAGUCUUCUCUUGUGUCACUUUGCCUCUCCUCUCUGCUCCUUUCUUCAUCUCUCUCCGUCCUACAGAAUGGAGUCGACCUUGAGGACACCUGGUAACAACCCAGCACAACUGCCUGUUCCUACACAAGGACUCCUUUAUACACCAGACAUCUUUACUCACUUUUUUCCCCUUUUAUUUUUCCUAUGAGACCAAGAGAUCAGUUGGACCAUAAAUGCAGAUUUAAAACUCUCAAAACACACAACACAACCCAAAGGAUUGCAAACCGUUUUUGAUUGGAAAAGGACGACUGCAAUGGUAGUAUAAAACAUUAAAACAAAAUCCAUUCUAGAGAAAUUAAGAUCAUCGUUUUUUUCAGUUUUAUUGCUUUUUUGUUCUUUUUGUGGACUGAUGAAGAGCCGGAGGCCCUAGUUGACAUUCUGAGGCCUGUCCCUGUACACUCUGUGGUGCCUUUUUCCCCAAUGCUGUUAACUGACCAUGCCCUGCUUCUGGACAUAAUGGGCCCUACAGGGGGCCCUACAGGGGACCACCACUGGGUCAGGGACUCACUAGCCUGUGGCUGCCUGGCUGGACAUUGCUACUGGGACCGCAGAUAGACAAAUGCAAACGUGUGGACAGGAGUGUCUGGUUGCAUUCUAUGGCAUUACUUGUGUGGAAGGGUUUGGAGUCUGACUGCUGGUGUGGAAGGGUUUGGAGUCUGACUGCUGGUGUGGAAAGGUUGGGAGGAUGACUGCUGGUAUGGAAGGGUUUGGAGACUGACUGCUGGUGUGGAAGGGUUUGGAGACUGACUGCUGGUGUGGAAUGGUUUGGAGACUGACUGCUGGUGUGGAAAGGUUUGGAGACUGACUGCUUUUUGCAAAUUUGUUCCUUUUCUCUCCAACCAACAAAAACCCACGGAGAGCCAGCUAACGUUGACAGACACUGCCUCAACCUGCAAGCAUAUCACGUCUGUGUCCAUAAGCUUUCUAGCCUGCUGUUGAUCAAGAAAAAUAGAAAAUAUAUAUAUAAAAUCAUGUCAGAUGUGGCCUACUGUGUAUGUAAAUAUGAGGAAGUUGCUGGUCUGGUGUCUUUAGGAGUGAAACAGAGGUCUUGGUUGACACGGGGAGAUGUCUGAUAUGCGACGUCUACACCUGUGUAUAAACCAGCCACCCAAGAACUCUGUUUUUUUGGCUAAAGGGAUUCUAACUGCCCACCAAUUACUUUAAUCAAUCAUUCAAUCAUUAAUCAUUUCUUUCUGCUUCUUCAUGUAUCCUAUUUUCCUCACCCUCUCUUUAACAGAAACACUCUUGCAACAUCUUGCCUUUUAUUUUUCUCAGACGUUAUUGUAAAGUGUGAUUUAUUUUAUUUUUCAUUAAGCAAAAUUUACAUUUCUAGGCAAUGAGUUCACCUUUUGUAUUUUCAUUUUCAAAUGCUGUGUAAUAUGGUUGUUACAUUCUAUUCUCUACAUUUCAAUAGAAAUUGGAUGUAUAAAAAAAAUAGAUGUUUGUUAAAAGGAGAAGUCUAAGGAUGAUUUAGCCAGUGAGGGGUGAGGUGGAUCUCUGCCUGGGCUUCUGACCUAGCAAUGAUCUGGUCUACAAGCCUUGCUUGCCAUAUGACUAUUAGGUACUUGAAUGUUGUGUGUGUGUGGUUCUAUUUUUGCAGUAACAUUGAUUUUCAUGAGAUUCAUUUUUUUGGUAGAAAUCUUUUUUUUUUUUUUGCUGUGCAUGUUUUAUGUUGGAGUUGUGGGGGGUACUCCCGGUAAAUGGGUAUGUUUAAGCUAUAGCAGACACUGGGUUAAGGGGGUGGGGGGCUGCUUUGAAUGUAAUUCAACUUCACACUACACUGCUGAGCAGAGUGGGGGCUACAGACUCUUUCCUCCCGCUGGUCAUUUGAUGACAAAACUUGCCUUGGUAUUCAGUUUUCAUUGUGUUUCAUUGGAAUAUGUAUAGAUUGUCCCAAGUGGGAUUAUAUUAAUAAGAUGUUUUUUUUUCCCUCAGCUUCUUCCCUAACUAGCAAUUUGUUGGUCCACACCUGAUCACUACUAACUAUAACGAUUGAAAAAUGAGAAUGAUUCUGAUGUUUUGGGGGCAGGAAAUGAUCUUAGUAAUUUGGGGCCCAUGUCAUUCAUCCUGAUUUUACUUUUAUGAUUUUUGUAUAUCUACAAGUAUUGCUCUAAAGAAUGAUGAUAAUUUCCACAUAUUUUAUUUAUUCCAGAUUUUAGCCUUUUAAAUGAGAAGUGCUGUAUUUGAGAAUGGUGUGACAUUAUCAUGUGUGUAGACAAGGCAGGUCUUGCCCCACCCCCUCUGCAGGGUCAGCUGAGUGACGAGGGUUGCGACGGGUUCAGGAGUCGAUCCUGGGUUUUCACCAUACCUCCUUGUACUGAUAGUUCCCAGUAUGACAUUGUGAUGUUUCAGACCAUACCGUGAGCAUAAUCUUCAAUAAAGGAUGGAUAUAUUUAGA